CACAUUAUCGAUGAAGCCGUGGCCUGUGGAAGUAAAGUGAAAAACACACCGGCGCUCACUGCAAAGCAGCGAGUCUUGAACAUUAUUACUACGCUAAAACAGAAAACGACAAUACCCAGAAUUCUGUGCGUGACUUUCAGUUCCGGGGUCGGUGACAGUCAGCCUGUCAGCAGCAGAAAGGUUAAUGUGUGUGUGGAUGUAGCAUCUGUGGAGUGCUGUGAUGCCCCUGGAGGUCAGAUGGCCGUUCCCACAGUCCCCUGCUUUGGCAUGGAGGGUCUCCAGCUCACUGAUCAUGGGGAUGGUGGGCUCCUAUUCCUACUUCUGGACCAAGUACAUGAACUACUUGACGGUCCACAACCAAAAGGUUUUGUUGGACCUGAUUGACCAGAGGCCCUCUGACACACCCCUCAUCACUCUGUCCAAUCACCAGUCAUGUAUGGAUGACCCGCAUAUCUGGGGCGUACUAAAGCUCAGACAGCUGUGGAGCUUCAACAAGAUGCGUUGGACUCCUGCAGCAUCUGACAUCUGUUUCACUAAAGAGCUUCACUCAAGAUUCUUCAGCCGUGGAAAGUGUGUCCCCGUCUGCAGAGCAGGCGACGGAGUUUACCAGAAAGGCAUGGAUUUUAUUGUGGAGAAACUAAACAAAGGAGAAUGGGUGCACAUUUUUCCUGAAGGCAAAGUCAACAUGACUGAAGAAUUUAUACGGUUAAAAUGGGGUGUGGGUCGGCUAAUAGCUGAAUGCUCCCUUAAUCCGAUUAUCCUGCCGCUCUGGCAUGUGGGUUUGAGUGAGGUUCUGCCAAAUGCGAAGCCCUAUGUUCCUCGGAUGGGGAAGAGAAUCACGGUCCUGGUCGGAAAACCAUUCAGUGUGAAAGAGCUUGUUGAAUCUCUACGAGCUGAAAACAAGAGCCAGUUAGAAAUGAGGAAGACCUUGACUGAUUUCAUCCAGGGGGAGUUUAGGAGCCUGAAAGCCCAGGCCGAGGCCCUCCACGGGCAGAUACAGACCAAAUCCUGAGCCCCAGCCGUCCUGCCUGCUGAACUGCUCACAGCCAUCAAGAGUGAUGAUCCUUUACCCUGAGCUGAGGGUAAUACCUUUUCUACCGGAACACACACACCUCCACACUGAGAUGUCAUGGAGCCAUCACAAGCUUCUGAACAAUCCUUUUUUAAGUGGUGCUGUGGGAUCAUGAUGGGUGGAAAAACUUAAGGUUGUUUUCAUUAAUGUUGAGGUGACAGAAACCUCUUUGUAAGUGUCAUGUUUUUAUUUUAUUUAACAAACGCAUCAUUUAGAUGCUGGGACAGACUCUGACGAGUAGUUUGGAGAAGAGACUGAAUUCAUACCAGUCAAUGCUGUGUGACCUCGAAGCAGCCAGUCGCUGAACUGGUCCAGAAGAGUGAAAGAUUGAGAACGUUUGCUGAUUCAUUUGGAUGCAUGAAGUAACGUUAGUGUCACUCAUUUAACUGGGCUUUUGACCUGCUCAGUUGUAUUUCAGUUAUUAUCCCAUUGGUACCAUCUAUCCAGCCCAUUGUCCUAAUAAUAGCGCCUGUAUUGGAUGAUUCCACACCUCAUGAUUUACAUUCACUACCAACAUGCAGUGCCAGUGCAGGAAUUAGUGCGUCCGUUAUCGCCAAGUAGGUUUUCAAGGAAUUUGCUUUGGUAUUUUGGUGCAUAAAGAUAAAUAAUAAACAAUAACAAAAAUCAAAAAAUACAAUUUAGAAAAUAUGUCAAUCAAUCAAACAAUCAAUCAAUGCCUUCAUUGUCAUUGCGCAGCUGUACAAUAAAAUUAGUGUGUCUCCAGUGGUACAUUCAGUAAACAGAAACGUCACAGAUAAGCAGACACAUCAAAGACUAUGUUAAACUCCAAUUUGGCUGAAAUAUAACCUUAAUUCACUGAGUUAGAUGUAAAAAACAUUCUAUUUUUAUCCCAGUCUCUCUGCCGUUGAUGGUCAGCUGCUUAAAGUCCUGUAACUUAUGCCUCCACCACUCAGUCUCGAUGUCUGUCAGCUCAGCUGCCUGUUCCAAUAGUAGAGACCAGAGAGUGACCUCUGGUGGCGUGUGCUGUGCACUACAUACAAAAAGUUUAAUAGAAAGAGGAGCACUUUUUUUCAUGAUAUAUUGAAAAUCAGACCUUCAGGAUUUCUAAAUACCCUGAUAUACAGUAAUACAGUGAUACUGCCCAAGCCUAUACUAUAUACAUGAUUAUUAAAAAAAGAAAUAAGUAUAAAGUGGGCUAUUACAGCAGAAUAAGUAUUAUAUACAUAUUGCCGUAUUGUCAUGAUAAUAUUCCACAUGCACAGGAUAUUCCACUAAAUUGUCAUUGCACUUAUCUCACAGUGUGGUUAUCCACCUCUCUAAUUCUUUAAUGGCACUUGGGUCAAAGCUUUUCGGUAAUCUGGAAGUGCGAGCUUUUAGGAACCUGUAGCGCCGUGAUACUCAACUUAAAGCCCUCGGGCCAGAUCUGAUAAUAAUAAAGUAACUAAAAAAGUUGACUUUUUGGGAGUUGUCUUUGUAAAAUUUGAAACCAUUCUCUCUAUUUUUCAACAUCUUACUAGCAUAACUGUAAGCCUGUCACUGGUGGUCAAUCUGUUUGAGUCACAAAACUCGGCUUAUCACAAAAUUUAAAGUCCUCCUCUGAGAGUUAUGUUGGAUUACUAUUUCUUAAUUUUUGUGCUAUUUGGGAUUUUUGGGGUAAUGGUAUAGAAAAACAAAGCAUUUGAAUACUGAUUUGGACAUGGAUUACCAUGGCAAAGACUGCAUUUGAAGCAUUUGGGUCAGCCCUAAAAAAAAGUGCCAGGAAGAACAUCCUGGACCCCCAACAGAGGUCCGGGCUAAGCUCUGAGUGUCCACAUGUACACAUGACCCAUGCAAGGCUGUGGUGACUGAAUUUGUCUUAUUUAGUCCUUUUAUCUAAUAAAAAUGAUUAAAUGAUUUUGCAAAAGUG